AGAGACUUAGACUUGAUCCAACUGUGGCCUUCCAGGACCUGAGGGCAACCUACAAGAAAGCUGGACAGGGGCUUUGUAGGAGGGCAGGCAAGGACAGGACAAGGGAGAAUGGAUCCAAAUGGAAAGAGAGUCGGUUUAGGUGAGGGAUUCAGAAAAAAGACUCUCCUGGAACAGGUUGCCCAGAGAAGGUGUGGCUGUCCCGUCCCUGACAGUGCUCAAGGCCAGGCUGCAUGGAGCUCUAGACAAGCCGGGCUAGUGCAAGGGGUGCCCAGCCACAGCAGGGGGGUUGCAGCCGUGUGAUUUUUCAGAUCCCUUCCAAGCCAAACCAUGCCACGACUCCAUGAUUCUGGGAUACUUCCCCUCCUCAUCCUCUGUCAGAAAAACAAACUUGGCCCCAAGUUCCACAUUGCAGACCAUGUCCUUUGGCAGCCUGCAACUGUCUCAACAGAGGAUGAAAAGAGAUGACAUUACUGAGACAAUUUCCCUAUUCUACUUGAAAAUUAAAUGCUGCACUCCUGUCCAAAAACUAUUGGAAACUGUCAGAAGAGGCAAUUCUUCCCCAUGAAAUGCUACACCUCAGCCAAAAAAAGAAAGAAGCCACAUGCCAAGACUCUUCUUUAUUGCUACAUUGUUUGAUUUGGUUACUUCUCUAAUAGGAAUUCCUUUGGGGUUUUAUUUGUUUGUUUCUCUCUUUCGUUCCGCGGGGCGCGCGGCGGCUCCUCCGUUGGGUUCGCGGAGGCAACGGAGGAACGUUCGCGAGCUGCGGCGGUUCCGCAGCAGCAGCAGCAGCAGCAGCAGCAGCAGCAGCAGCAGCAGCAGCAGCAGCAGCAGCAGCAGCAGCAGCGCUUCUCUCGAUCGGUUUUCCGCUCGACUUUCCACUCGUUCCCCAUCCCCUUCUCCCUCUCACACUCACUCCACUCCACUCCCGUCCCGUCCGUGUCCCGCCUCUCCCAGCCCGGCUGAUGCCGCGUCCCGCAAGGCGCCCCUCGGCGGGGCCGCCCCGUGCCCGCCCCUGCCCGUCCCGCCGCGGAGCCGCCUCCGCCGGGCUCUCUCCGUACUGGCUGUGGCGCCGCUGGAAGUGCCGCUCGCUCUGGCGCUGGCGGAGCAGCGCGGUCUUUUGGCUCCGCCUGGCGCGGGCUCUGGCCCGGCCCCGGCCGAGGCCCCGGCCCCGAACGAAGCCCCUGCCGCGGUUCCGCCCGCAGCCGCCCCGCUGCCGCCCCGCGCCCGCCCCGUCGCCGACAGCGUCGCCGGCGGCUUCCCCGCUCCGAGCUCCGCCGCUCGUCAGCUCGGCCGCCGGCCCCGAGCCGCCGCAGCCCGGGGCGCCUCGGCAAGCAGCAGCGCGCCGGGCGCUCGGCUUGACGGGGCAGAAGAGCGGGAGCGCGGUGCCGCCCGCACGGGCAGAGAAGCCUCCCCUGGAGCAGCUCUACCGCGAGGGCCCGCUGCUGGGGAGCGGCGGCUGCGGCAGCGUUUACUCCGGGACCCGGCUCGCCGACGGCGCCCCGGUGGCCAUCAAGCGAGUGUGCCGCGAUCGCAUCCCGGAGUGGGCGCGGCUGCACAACGGCGCCCUGGUGCCCCUGGAGCUGGCGCUGCUGUGGAUGGUGUCGUGCCCUGGCUUCCGCGGCGUCGUGCGGCUCCUGGACUGGUUCGAGCUGCCCGACGGCUUCGCGCUGGUCAUGGAGCGUCCGCAGCGCUGUCAGGACCUCUGGGACUUCCUGCACGAGCGGGGGUUCCUGACGGAGCCCGUGGCGCGGGGGCUGUUCCGCCAGGUGCUGGAGGCCGUGCGGCACUGCACCAGCCGCGGCGUCCUGCACCGCGACAUCAAGGCCGAGAACGUCCUCGUCGACCUGGCCACGGGCGAGGCGAAGCUCAUCGACUUCGGCUGCGGCACGAUCCUCCAGGACACGUUCUACACCCGGAUGUCAGGAACGCCGGAGUACAGCCCACCGGAGUGGAUCCUCUUUGGCUGCUACCAUGGCCAGCCAGCCACCAUCUGGUCCCUGGGCAUCCUGCUCUAUCACCUGGUCUGCGGGCACCUUCCUUUCCACACAAACGAGGACAUCGUCCGGGGCCAGCUCUUCUUCCCGCCCCGGGUGUCUCAAGAGUGCCAGCACCUCAUCAGGUGGUGUUUAUCCAUGGACCCCACAGACAGGCCAUCACUGGAAGACCUUUUUGAGCAUUCUUGGCUGCAGGAGCCCUGCCUGGCCCAGGAGACAGCAGAGAUCCAUCCCUGUGCUCAGUAGGAUCCAGGAGCCCAGCAAGUACCAGCUGCAUGUGUCUGGUGGCACUCCAAGAAAACCCCGGAGCGUUUCCUUGCGGCCGCGGCACGGAGGAGAGAGCGCAGCCGAGGAGAUGCUUCCGCUGGUCCCCGGCGAGUUGUGGAGGGAGCGGCUCAGUGCUCCCCGUGCCACUGGAGAAGUGGUGGCAGUGCGGUGAAGGUGCCACGGACUGGAACAGGGGAAACAUCCCCCUGCAGCUCAAUGGCAUCGGGAUGUCCCCGCAAGCCGAGGCACAGCUGGCGUGUUCUUCUGGAGCACCACGUGGAGCUGGGAACACCAUCCUGGAGCUGGCCGCUGGCGGGGCAAAGCCGAGCGGCUUUGGCUGCGGCCCCUUCCUGGAGGACACGCUCUGCGCCCCGAUGAAAUCAAGAUGAGUCCCCAGCCGGCGCAGGGGCGGGGGGAUGCUCGUGCUUCCAGGCAUGGCAGGGCUCGGCCUGGCCACGCGCCGCAGGUUCCCCGCUCGGCGGCGCUGGGGAAUAUUAAUUUUUCCCCCGGCUGCCGAGCUGCUUUUUGGUGGGACAGGGGACGGAUGUUGUGGAAGGGGAGCCGGCUCCUGGCCUUGCUGACAGCUUCUGCCAGCCAGCCUGGCACGGGCUGGGGCGGGGGCAGCCAGCCUGACAAAACAUCCAUCCAUGUGGAUGGUGGCAGCAGAGGGGGACGGGUUCUGAAGCCGUGCCCCAGCUGGUCUGCUUUGCAGGCCCUCGAGGAAGGGGCGCGUUUACGGGCGGGAAAGGUGGGGUUUUUCCCCACCCGUGGACAGGUUUCAUUCUCACAUGGAGUGGUCAGACCCUCCUCAGGCCCGUGAAACGGUGACAGGCUGUGUAGGUUUUUCUUGUUUCCAGGUCUUGUUUUGAAUUGACUUUCAUGCAAUUGUUCUUUGUUUUUCCCAGGAAGAUUACACCUGGUGCCCGGACUGCAUGGGGAAGCGCCUGCACCGUCCGUGGAGCACAUCCAGUGCCAGCGCUACCCCAGGGGCCACGGCCUGCAGGGACAUCCCCUUCAAGAAGGACGAGGACCUCGUGUGGGAUCAGCUCCUCUCCUGGCAGCAGGUCUGCAGAGGUGGGUACCCGGCUCCACAGCUGGGCUGGCAGAAGGGCUUCGGGCAGAGGGCAGCGGGCACACGGGCAUCCCGCCCUUGCAGCUGCUGAGGAGGCUGCUGUGCUGUGCUGAAGCGGAGGAGGUGGAACGUGGCCUGCCACGCUGCCCUUCUCUCGAAACAGAGAAUGGCUCGGGAGGUUUGGGCUCUGAGCACAGCCAGCAGCCUGGCCCGGGCACAGGCCAUGGCAGGACAGGGCACAGGAGCCUUCUGUGACUGACCGUGGCUCUCUGGUUUCUCUCUGCAGGCUGCCAGCACCUCAUGCCAUGGAAACGGCUCCGCUCGGCCUGCCAGGCUGGGAGGGCUGGAGGGCGGCGGGUGUUCAUUUGCUGUCAAAAAGAAAUCGUUCUAUUUUUUUGUCA